ACCUGCCUGAGAGGCGAGGUCGAGAGGCUGCGGACGUGCAUGUUGACGCUCGAGUGGGAGCCGCGAUAGGUGGCCCGUCCUCGGCUCGCACGCGCACGUCCUCGCGGUUAUUGACCCCCACGGACCAAAAUACCAACCGGAAUAUUCACACGAGGACGACAUAGGCCUACUGUGCAUCAUCAAGAGGCAAUUCCCUGCUUAUUAUUAUUUUUUAUUUAUAUAAAACCACUAGGAACACUCAUUCCCAGAUAAUUCUUUAUAAAUAAUUGAUAAUAAUAAGGAUUUACCUUAAAUAUACCUGCAUCCUAUCCUAGGACCUUUUUUGUAAACAAGAAGAACAAAUAUGUGCUGCAGAAUAUGUAAGAAAAAAAAUGUAUAUCUAAUACAACUUUGCCUCUGUUGGUGAAUAGUUUCAGCCAAUGAUACUGUAACGGACUGUAAUGUUUACCUGUUGUGUUAUAAGUGAUAUUGUGUUUACAGGAAGAAGUUGUUCUCGAAAAGAAGAUUGUUGACCUGUGUAGCUGUGAAUCCUGUCAAUCAUCCUGGCUACCUAUGGGGGUGGGUGGGACACAUACUUGGGAUUGGCAGAGCGAGUGAAGGGGGUUGUUGUUGUUUGUGUUACUACCUGUUGAGCUUGUGUACUGUCCCCCAACGUCUCUGGUGCUUGUUGUAACCAAUGUGAGCAUGGCUUCAGGCUGAGGUGUGGCCAGAUUACCAUGAAAUUUGUAUCUAGGCAACGGAACACAUUUGUGGUCAUGUGACCAUUAUGUUUUCAAGCCCCUCCCAUUCCACCCUUGCCAUGAAGGAGAAGUUGGUGCUGGUGCUGUGGCACACAUUCCCUCCACACAUGAUUCACAAUGUGGAUGAAACAGGUGUCUUUACAGUACAAAAGCCACGGCAGGUUGUGACAGAGAAAGGAAAAAAAGCAAGUUGGUUCUAUCACAUCGGCUGAGAGAGGAGAACUGGUGACUGUGGUGUGUGCAGUGAAUGCUGCCUCCCAUGUUUAUCUUCCCCAGAGUUAGGUUUAAGGACCACUUCAUGAUCGGAGCACCUCCAGGAGCCAAAGGUGCCUCCACCAGAACGGGAUGGAUGAAUGAAGACACCUGGCCUGAGUUCCUUGAUCACUUGAUACAGCACACUAAGUGCACUCCUGACCAUCCCAUGCUGCUAAUCCUUGAUAAUCUUAAAGCUCACAUCUCACUCAAGGCAGUAGAAAAAGCAAAGAGCAACGGUAUUGUUCUUUUCACCCUUCCACCCCACACAUCCCAUCGCAUGCAGCCUCUCGACGUGACCGUGUAUGGCCCGUUCGAGUCCCUAUACAGCCGAGCUCUUGAUGGGUGGAUGAGAUCUAACCCUGGCAAAACAGUCUCCAUUUACCAGAUUGCAGGACUUGUGAAUGAGGCCUUCUUUUCAGCAGUGACACCACGGAAUAUCACUUCUGGAUUCAAGUCCACUGGGAUUUUCCCAUAUAACCAAGAUAUUUUCCCUGAGGAAGCGUUUGCACCAUCCAUGGUGUCCGACCGGCCAAAUCCUGAGCUGCAGCCUGCAUCCACUGGUCCAUCCACUUCAGAUGAUCCAGAUGGUCCACUCCCUGCAGAUGAACCACCUGCUGCAGAUGAUCCACUCGCUGAUGCAGAUCCACCCACUGCGCAUGGUCCACAUGGAUGUGCCUCGCCAGCUGACUCAGAUGUGCCACGUGUUCCCAGCCGACCUGGAUAUGUGUCUCCUCGUGAAAUCCUACCACUUCCCAAAUGUCCCCCCAGAGCACAAACCAAAAGAAAGCGUGUGAAGACAGCCAUCGUUACUAAUACUCCUGAGAAGCAGACAAUAGAAAAGGCUUAUGAAGAGAGACAAAAGAAACUGGCAGGGAAAAAGCAAAAUAGCAAAGAAAAGGGAAAACCAGAAAAGGAAAGCACCCAAAAAGAAAGAGGAGAGUGAUGUCCCUGUCCCACUUGAUGAUGAGUUUGACAAAGAGAGCUCUGAGGAUGAGAGAAGUGAUCCUGGAAACACAGAUCUGUCCGUGGGUGACUUUGUCCCAGUUAACUUUGCAACCAAACACAGGAGUCUCCGUUACAUUGGCAUGGUUGAGAAAGUUGAGGAUGACGAAGUUCUUACACAAUUCCUCAGAAGAAUCCAGGGAAACAAGAAAGAGUUUGGAGAGACCCGCGUUUGCUAUAAAGGAAAGUGAGGUGGCACAUGUUCCUAAAGGUGAUGUGGUGAAGAAGCUGCCUCAACCUAAUAGGCCUGGAGGAACCACACGGAGAGAGAGCAACUCUUUCCCUGUAACCUUCAGGGCUGGAAAGUAGAGUAGGCCUUGUUAUAGAGUAUGAGGCUGAUGUUCUAAUCCAGGUGGGUCUAGUCUUGUGUUCUGAGUCCCAGGCUGUUCUAGCUGGUUCUCAUUAUGGUCCCAUGACUGUGUUCUAA